GGAUACCUGCCACUCCGCAUACCCCACCACAAGGUCGCGGUCUGAACCGCAAGCCACUGCGCUCUGAGACUCCUCGCCUACGCUGCCCUCUACCUGAUUUCUUAUCAUCUUUAUUUACAUGACUUCACAAGGAUGCGAAACCAAUGACAAGGGUUCCUGGCCUUCAGGCGUGCAAAGUGUCGGGCGUCGCUGAGUCCCAAGCGGGCUUGCGCGCGUGUUUUCUAUCGUGUUCACAAUAGGAAAUAGGUCCUGAACAUCUCGCAUACAGAGCAGGAGCCGCGAUGUUGGCAAGCCUUGCGCCUCAGUGGAGCGCUGGUUUCGGCUUCGCAGCUCGGGCGUUCGCUAAAACAGCUGCAUCCGCGGCAAGACAGGGAGCCAUCGGCUCUGUCAGGCUUAUCGACUCCUUUCACAAAGAGACGGUGGACGACAUCUUCGCGCAUGCGCUUAAGAAGCAGACUGGCGUUAGCCUUAAAUACAUGCUCGACUUUGGGCAAAAUCCGAUUGAGCGGCAGCUGCUGCUGUCGGCACAGUUCCUGCACAAGGAGCUGCCGGUGCGGCUAGCGCACCGCGUGGCGGAGCUGGAGAACCUGCCGUAUGGGCUCAGCGCCAAGAAGCACAUACUGCAGGUGCGGGACUGGUACGUAGAGUCGUUCCGGGACCUGCGCUCCUUCCCGCACGUCAAGGACGCUGCGGACGAGCUCAAGUUCACAGAGCUGCUCAGGGGCAUCUACCGCAGGCACGCCAACGCGGUGCCAGUCAUGGCCAAGGGCGUCAGCGAGCUGCGCGAGGAGCUGCGGUUGCAGCAACGGCUGACGGAGCUGCCUGAGAUCCACCAGUUCCUGGACGGCUUCUAUCUCAGCCGCAUUGGCAUCCGCAUCCUCAUCGGCCAGCACAUUGCGCUGCAUGAGCCGUCCAAGCCCAACCACAUCGGCCUCAUCUGCACCAAGUGCAGUCCGGUGCUAGUGGCGCAGGACGCCAUCAACGACGCACGCAGCAUCUGCAUGCGCGAGUACGGAGACGCGCCCGAGGUGUCUGUUUACGGCAGCCCGGACUUUGUGUUCCCUUACGUGCCCAGCCACCUGCACCACAUGCUGUUUGAGCUGGUCAAGAACAGUUUGAGGGCGGUGCAGGACCGGUUCGCAGACAGCGACGACGCAGCGCCGCCCAUUAGGCUGGUUGUGGCGGAGGGCGGUGAGGACGUGACGUUGAAGGUGUCAGACGAAGGAGGCGGCAUUCCGCGCUCGGGCCUGGCCAACAUCUGGACCUACCUCUACUCCACAGCCAAAAGCCCUGUGGACCCGCGUCAGGUUGAGGACGUUGACAGCGGCCCGGUGGUGCUGGCGGGCUACGGCUACGGCCUGCCCAUCAGCCGCCUGUACGCCAGGUACUUUGGCGGCGACCUGCAAAUCAUCUCCAUGGAGGGCUACGGCACUGACGCCUACCUGCACCUCAACCGCCUGGGCACCAGCCAGGAGCCGCUGCCCUAGACAGCGGCCAGGCGCAAUGUACGCGAGGGUUGUGAGAAGUUUAGGCAGGUAGAGGGCAGUGAUGGCAGGUGCCGUUGUGCGCGCGUUGUUGUGGCAGGGGUACGAGAGCAUGUGGGUGAAGAACGUUUGCCCGAGGGGAGGGGUUACUCAACAAGUUUCCACAACGUGUGUGCGCUCACGGCGAUGCGCAGGAUGAGUUUUGGAGAUGGGAAGAUGAAAUUGUAGCGCGUACUGUUGGCUUGGUUGCAAUGGGCGCGGAUGGUUGUGGCUCAUUCAAUGCGUAAUUAGGAGUAUGUGGCCAACAUUAGGUGCAUGGUUGGCCUGUGACGGCAGUGCGGUAGGGCCACAUGCCGCCAGGCGAUGCUGUAUGCCGGGACGACGACGGCGGGCGGAGGCUAGAACGUUAUCAUGCACGAGAUCGCCUUGGCAGGGGGAAGGACCUUGGGAGUGCAGAGCGCUGAGAAAGACACGAGUUGGACAGAGGCAAGAGCAUGGGCAUGGGCAUGCUGCCUGAGUCUGUACUGAACCGACCCAAAAGUAACCGAAACAUCCGA